GAUGACACUCACUUGUUUGGCUGUUAUUACUGGAAACAAAAAAAACGAACUCAAGGUGAAGUAGCAAUUUGGCUUAAAAUUCAGCUACCCAGACACUUUACUGCACUGUGCGCGGGGGCAGGGGCAAGGUAAGGCUGUUUUAGUCACCAACUCCAAAAGAGAAAAGAAAAAAAACAGUAGCCACAAUGAGUGCGAAAAGUAGACGCCCUGGUACAGCCAAUAGCCAAACUCCCAACGAGUGUGUGCAGGUGGUGGUGCGAUGCAGGCCGCUAAGCAAUCGCGAGAUCUCAGAGGGUUCUCCGGAAGUGGUUAACGUAUAUCCCAAUCGCGGAGUGGUGGAGUUGCAAAACCUUGUGGACGCUAAUAAAGAGCAACGCAAGAUAUUCACCUAUGAUGCGGCUUAUGAUGCGACUGCAUGCCAGACUACAAUCUAUCAUGAAGUCGUAUUUCCACUGGUAAGCUCUGUGCUAGAGGGCUUUAAUGGCUGCAUAUUCGCCUAUGGCCAAACAGGCACGGGCAAAACGUUCACAAUGGAAGGAGCGCGGGGCAAUGAUAAAUUGAUGGGCAUUAUACCCCGCACCUUUGAGCAAAUUUGGCUGCACAUCAAUCGCACGGAGAACUUUCAGUUUCUGGUUGAUGUGUCCUACUUGGAGAUCUACAUGGAAGAACUGCGCGAUCUACUGAAGCCCAACUCUAAGCAUCUAGAGGUACGUGAACGCGGCUCUGGUGUCUAUGUGCCCAACUUGCAUGCUAUCAACUGCAAAAGCGUCGACGAUAUGAUGAACAUUAUGAAGGUGGGCAACAAAAACCGCACCGUGGGCUUCACCAACAUGAACGAGCACAGCUCGCGCUCGCACGCCAUAUUCAUGAUCAAGAUUGAGAUGUGCGACACUGAGACAAACACCAUCAAGGUAGGAAAGCUAAAUCUCAUAGAUUUAGCAGGCAGUGAACGUCAGUCGAAGACAGGUGCCUCAGCGGAACGACUGAAGGAAGCAAGCAAAAUUAACUUGGCAUUGUCCUCUCUCGGUAAUGUUAUCUCUGCGCUUGCGGAAAGGUCGCCACAUGUGCCGUAUCGUGACUCAAAGCUGACACGCCUGCUGCAGGACUCACUGGGCGGCAACUCCAAGACAAUAAUGAUUGCAAACAUCGGCCCCUCCAACUACAACUACAAUGAGACGCUGACAACGUUGCGAUAUGCGCAGCGUGCUAAAAACAUACAGAACCAGCCGAUUAAGAACGAAGAUCCACAGGACGCUAAGCUCAAGGAAUACCAGGAGGAGAUCGAGCGACUUAAACGUCUUAUUGCUCCGCAACAACAACAGCGCAGCGAAAAGCUGGCGGCAGCAGCUAAAAAGCGUGUUAAGAAACCCAAACGUGAACCUGUGCCAGCUGGUUUGACGCAGGAACAGCAACAGCAGGCUGAAGAGGAGCGAGGCGACAGCGAGAUAGAGCAGUCCGAGCCCGAAUCCGAUAAAGAGAACGAGGCGGAAGUGGCCAAAUCCAAUGAGCAGCUAGAGCGUGAGCGCGUCGAGAAUGCCAAGCUAGCCGCCAAACUAGCCGAACUGGAGGGUCAACUGGUGCGUGGCGGUAAGAACCUAUUGGAUACCUACAGUGAACGGCAAAUAGAGCUGGAGAAGAAGUUGGUGGAGAUAGCAGAGCGCAAGAAGCGUGAAAUUGAAAUACAGCAACAGCUGGAGCUACAAGAGGAAACGACGCUGGAGAUACGCGAACGCAACGUAUCCUUGGAGCAAGAGGUUGAGCUAAAGAAGCGCAAGUUGUCCAAAUGCUACGCCAAGUAUCUAGCGCUGCAGCAGGAGCUAAAUGAUUGCAAACACGACCACAAUCAGGAUCUGCGCGAGCUAGAGAUGGCACAGAAUGAGCUAGUCAAGGAGCUAAAGCGCCAGCUGCUCAUUAUUGACAACUUUGUGCCCAUCGAGGUGAAACAACGUCUAUACACGCAAGCCAAGUACGAUGAGGAGCAGGAAGAAUGGAAGUUUGCCUCGCUACCGCUCCCAUUGCCCAACGCCGAUGGCAAAUUUAGCAGCAAGCGACCCGUCUCGCAUCCACAGCGUCGCCGGCCAACAUCCGAGCAUGCGCUGCAGGAGGCCAAGUCUCAUUCGGCCAGCGCGCUGCGCUUCAAGAGCGAAAACAUUGUCAGCUACGAGUUGGAAAUGCCCUGUCGCACCACGCAGGAGUACCGCACGCCCAAGGUAUCCGCCUCAUUGCAGGCUGUGCUAGCUCAGGCUAUGCAAACUGGCGAUGACAUCGACAUUGUUGAUUCCCACACAAAUUCGCUGCGUCAUCGCCUGGAGAACAUUAUCAACGGCAAUGCGAAUGCUGGCUCCGGCACAGCUGCUGCAGGCAAUGCCCCAGCCGCUCCAGCUGCGGUUAACGGCGUGCGUAAUGUCAAGUCCAGUCGCAUUGGCCAGCCUGGAUCCGCCCUCGACUCCAAUCGCCGCCCACCCACAGGUCGUGUGCAGCCCAAGAAGCCAGCUUCCGCGUAUCCCAAGGCCCGUGGACUGGUUAACAAGUAGUCCACUACAACUACACACACACACACACACACACACACUAACACACAUACACUAACCAAAGCUCUCAUAGUCACAGUCACAUGUCACAUGCACAUGUAAAAUCUAAGACAGGAAUCACAGUCGAAUCUAUAUUUUAAACUAGCAUCUUAAGUUAAGCACAGUUCGCAGACUCCUUAGCCCAAUCUACACACACUAAGCGCUUUUUUAAAAAGUAUUUAUGCAUUUUGUUAUUUAGUUAAGCUACCUACAGUCUUAUUUGUUAUUGUUUGCUUUAAUUCUCUUUACUUAAUUUUUCCAGUUUAAUGUCAGUCAGUUAAUUCUUGUGCAAUUUAAGCUUAAGUUAGACGCUUU